CGUGCUUCGCCAUGGCCCCGGAGGCGGACGCCAUCGGAGAGACAGCGCAGAGCGGGGGCGCGCCCGCGGCGGCGGUUUGCUGGCUGGGGGCGGGGAACGACGGCGGAGCCGGCUCGUCCGAGCUCUAUGAUGGGGCCAGCUCACGGCUCCCGAACCCCCGACGCCUGCCGCUCUGUGGCCGGGCCACUGGGCCGCCCGCUGGGUCAGCAGCUCUCGGUCUCACAACUGACUCAACCUCACACCAGCCGCCGCGGCCACGCGCACUGCGAUCCUCGGCACCCCACGUGACGGCCUCUGCGUGCCUACGUGCGCGCCCCGUGGCCAUGAGCCUCUUGCGCUCGUCCCGCCCUCGAGAGCUACCCUGCGCGGCGCCGGCUGCUGCGCCUGCGCGUUCCGGGCCUCGCGACCCCUCGGAGCUCGAGCUGUCAAGGGAAGGGGCGUGCACAGAGGGCGGAGCGAAGCUCGGUGGCACAGAUGCGGGCAACAUUCUCGGUCGUAUUCCAAUCCAACGACUACUGCUUCCUGAAUUCAAUCCAAUGAUGCAAAAGCAGAUGAGGAAACACCCCUCGUUUAGGAAGCAAACCCGCCGUUGGGGAAAUCUGACGAGCUGGAAAUAGAAGUCAAAAUCUACCGCGUUCAGUUGCGGGCAUCUGUUCUUCGGUUUUAUUCGUGAUAGACCCAAACCGAAACAGUUGUCACGUUCCCGUGUUGGACCUGAAUCCCAUCUGUAUCAUUUAUGGAUAGCGUGUAGUAAACAGAACCGAAUGAGGAAGAUCAGUGAGCAAAGGUGCUGACAAACCUUUAACCGAGUGCCAGGGUACUCGGGGACAGGAACAUCAAAUGAAACAAAUGAAUGUGCCGUAAAUAAACCUGUACGGUACUACUCGAAUUUUAGUCCGUAGGACGCACCACAAAAGAAAGGACACGCUGAGGCUGCUGCCAUGAAGGAACAGCGCGGUUUGUCUUGAAAAUAAAUGAGCAGGUGAACAGUAAUCUAAGUGUAGGCACAAAGUCCCAAGUUCUCGAGCUCAAUCCAUACAUGUCUCA